CUGAGAUGCUGGUUUUGGGGGUCCUGGGACCUGCCCGGGUCUGGCUGGCCCUGGUGGCGGCUGCCCUUUGCGGACACCCUCUGCCCGGCGCCAAGGCCACCUUGAACUCAGUUUUGUUGAAUUCCAACGCCAUUAAGAAUCUGCCCCCGCCGCUGGGGGGCGCCGUCGGGCACCAGGGCAACCCGGUGAGCGCUGCUCCGGGGAUUCUGUACGAGGGAGGGAACAAAUACCAACCCGUGGACAACUACCAGCCCUACCCCUGCACCGAAGACGAAGAGUGUGGCAUGGAUGAGUUCUGUGGCAUUCCCACUCGGGGAGCGUUGGGUUCCGGAGCGCAAAUCUGUCUGGCUUGCAGGAAGCGCCGAAAACGCUGCAUGCGACAUGCUAUGUGCUGUCCCGGGAAUUAUUGCAAAAAUGGAAUCUGCAUGCCUUCCGAUAGCACUCACCUAAACAGAGGAGAAAUUGAGGAAACCAUUAUUGAAAGUGUUGCCGGUGGCGAACACAGCACCCUGGAUGGCUACUCAAGAAGAACCACACUGUCCUCAAAAAUAUACCAUACCAAAGGGCAAGAAGGCUCUGUCUGUCUCAGAUCUUCAGACUGUGCUACUGGCCUGUGUUGUGCGAGACACUUCUGGUCCAAGAUCUGCAAACCAGUCCUCAAGGAAGGACAAGUAUGCACCAAACACCGACGAAAAGGGUCCCAUGGACUGGAGAUAUUUCAGCGUUGUUACUGCGGAGAAGGUCUCUCAUGUCGGAUACAGAAAGAUCACCAAGCCAGCAAUUCCUCUAGGCUUCACACCUGUCAGAGACAUUAAGCCAGUUUUU